AAUCUUUUGGUGACUCUGGGUGACUAAAACGUGUGUAUAAAAGCUGAUCUUUAAAAUCCAAUCCAUCAGCGUUUUGUCUAACAGGAUUCGAUGAUGUUGAAGUGGUUACUGAUAUGCGUCGUCGCUGCGGCAGUUGCCAAAUGGAGCCAAAAUGUACAAGCAAAUGAUGAGCUGAAUUUGCAAGAGAAAAGGCUGCUGCAAGAACUUGAAAAUGAAAUUCAGCAGAUUGAGAGAAAACGAGAUCUAGAUGACUGUGAUAGUCUGGACUGUUUUCUUGAUGACAAUUGUGCAGGAGAAUGUUGCGAGAUGGUCUGUGGUGAGUCAUCGUCGGAUGAGGAGGGAUGCAUGGACGCUUGCAUGGACGGUGGUCUGUCUGUUAAAAAGAGAAUGGCUUUAGCAGCAAGGAAGCAAGAGAUUGCCAACAAUGAAGUUAAUAGCAACAACAAUCAACAUGAAAAGAAAGUAUUUGGAAUUCGAAUCCCCCCAAUCCCCCCAGUCAGAAUCCCCCCAGUGAGAAGAUGGGUCCCCCCAGUUAGAGUACCUCCCGUAAGAAUACCUCCAGUAAGAAUACCAAGUAUCCCACCAGUAAGGAGAUGGUUUGGAAAAAAAUAAAGAAAGAAAACUUCACCAUGAAUUUACUACGUACACUAUGCCUAUAUAUGAAGAACAUUUGUAUUAAAGUAUGUCUGUUAUUUGAAAUUGCUUUUUUCUCAUAAGUGAAACGUAUAUACAUGUCUAAAAAAUCUUGAAUGUUUUGAUUAUUUUUUGUAAACGUAUAUGUUCUUUGCAUGAAUAUUUAUGUACAUGCUCUGUGUUAUAUAACAAAAUAUAUUAAACGAGAACGCAAAGAAAUGCUUGUUCUUC